CCGGUUCCAACAGACAGAAAUAACUGUGUUCGCCGGCAGGUCCAGGGUCAGUUUAAAAAGUUGAUAUUGCGAGCCACUCGGUCAAUGAGAAUCUUUGUUAAAGGUAUACUGAUCCAAGAUCAGGAAUUUGAAAGCGUUUUUACUUUCAUGAUUCACGUUGUGUAAAAUUCUGCCACCAUUUCCGCAUUGAGAUCUUGACAAACUAGCUCAACAUCAUGGCAGUGGGCCUAGUAUCGUAUCAGACUUUGAGUUGUCGACUGUUAAACCGUAUGAUUUCGCACCAAAGCGUGAGCACAAUCUGCAGCUUUACACGCGCUUUAUCGAGAAAGACUGGCUCUCCGUACACAGAUCUCUCACCACGGACAGUCCACGGGCUGGUAAAUCUAUGCGGGAGUUGGACGUGUCGGACAUCACAGUGGUUGUCUUUUUACGACUCAAGAUCAUUCUCGUCUUUACCUCCACCGCCCCCUUCUGGUGAUAAAACCAAAAAGACAGGGCCAGUGACUUGGAAAUCAUUAGCAAUAACAUUUGCAUUCGGGGGUGUUCUCCUUGCCGGAAUGAAAUAUUUCAAGAAGGAAAAAGAAGAAUUGAUUGAAAGAGAAAGGACAAAGUCCAUGGGGAAACCAGCACUUGGGGGUCCAUUCUCUCUUGUGGAUCAGAAUAAUAAACCCUGUAAAAGUGAGGAUUUCCUCAGCCAGUGGGUCCUUAUCUACUUUGGGUUUACACACUGCCCUGACAUCUGUCCUGAUGAAAUCGAGAAAAUGAUUGAGGUGGUGGAUGAAAUAGACAGGAUACAGUCUCUUCCAAACCUGACCCCCAUCCUCAUCACCAUUGAUCCUGACAGGGACACACCUGAGGCCAUGGGGACAUAUGUGAAAGAGUUCUCCCCUAAGCUCAUUGGCCUGACUGGGACAAUGGCCCAAAUUGACCAGGUCUCUCGAGCCUACAGAGUCUACUACAGCCAGGGACCAAAGGAUGAAGACAACGACUACAUUGUCGAUCACACAAUCAUCAUGUACCUGGUUGGUCCGGACGGAGAGUUCAAAGAGUAUUUUGGACAGAACAAGAGGAGCGCUGAGAUCUCCUCUUCCAUCGCAUCACACAUGAGGAAGUACAAGAAGGGGAAUUAAGAGGUGAGAUGAAGGAGAACUGGUCAAGUGCACUGUCUGUGUCUGGGAACACCUCUUGUGUGCCUCCCACAGCCUUCAGAGACCGUGAGCAGCCUCUGGCCCAGCAGCCUCUGGCCCAGCAGCCUCUGGCCCAGCAGCCUCUGGCCCAGCAGGACUGAAGGUCCUGCUGAAGGUUUCCAGUGUUUACCCUUGGACACUCCUAAUGGAAAAAAACAUGAAUCGUUGUCGUUGUGCAGUUAGAGUUCGGCUUUACUUCCUUUACACGAAUUCUUCUUUUUAGCCUUGCUGUUAAGUCUGGCCCAAUACCUGGACUCGUCUCAGUGACACCAGAAACAUUUAUGCACUGUUAUAACUCUUUGGUUACUCAAUUUGUACUAUUCAUAAAUCCGUCAUAUUUCAACUGAAUUUCCAAAGUAAUGUUUAAUUUAUUAAACUUGGACUUACAGUUA